GUUUCAACAAAAAACCCCCCCACCCUAUUAUUCAAAAAAAAUCCAGCCACCAAUUCGAAACCCUAGAUCUGUUUUGGUUCCUCGAAUCGGGAAGCCGCCGCAUCGCCGGAGCCUCUACCGCACGCCUCUUGCCGCCUCCCCUCCUCUCUUCUCGACGGCCGGCAGCUGCCUACUUCUCCGUGGGUCGCCAUGUCCGCGGCCAUGUCUGCCGCCGCCGCCUCUGCCGCCGCCUCCCCCCCCAAGUGGGUGAUGCUGGAGCGCUUCGUCUUCCGCAUGGACGAGGCCUUCCCGGACGAGGACAAGUUGCCCAUCAGGGCUUCCGGCAUCACCCGGUGGGAGGCCCCCUUCGACAUCGCCUUCGAGCUCGCCGAGCCCCCGGCGAUCUCCCGCCUCUACGCGCGGCUGCCGGGCUUUCCGGAUCCCUUAAAACAGGUGCCCUUAGCCAUCCUGGCGAGCCACCAACAUCUCGUCCUGUUUCGCGUCUGUAUCGAGGACGAUACAUUUGAUUUGCGGCAGGAGCUCUUCAUCUACAGCGCCUCAGAUGCCGACGACCCUUCCAAACUCAAAGCACUGCCCGCUUGCAUGGAUUAUCCCCUCCAUGGUGGUGGUCGUGGUGGUCGCCGUCGCCGUCGCCGUCGCCCUCCUCCUAACAAGGAGCAGCGACCGCGUCUGAUGGCGGUCAGAUCCAUGGGCAUCUUGUGCCGAGACCAACAGGAGUUCGUGGUAGCAGAACUACGACUUUUCAGGCCUGGCCGCUGCCCUGACCCUAAGGUCUGUGCCCCUGAGGUCUUUGCUGACAUCUUUUGGCUGCACAAACUAGCUGUACCCACUGGUGCCAUCGAGGGCAAAUGGAACUCCUGCCGCGUACCAAUCCGCAGCUUCUGCAAGAAGCCCGAUGGUAAUGGAAUCCUUGGCUUCGAGAACCCCGACCCUGAUGAUACCUGGCAACUCUGCAUCUGGCAGACCGACACUGUCAUUCCUGUUGGCCGCUGGCUGUGCUGGAUCGACUACUACCGUGGCAUCCUCUUCUGCGAUGUGUUCGGAGAUCCCACCCCUACUGUUUCCUUCCUCCGCUUCCCUCUUGACGAGUUUCCUAUCCGGGGCAAACCAUCCAGCUGGCUGUAUCGUGGCGCGUCCGACGUCGGUGGCAGAAAGCUCAAGUUUGUUGACAUCGCCCGCCAUGAUGGCGUUGGCUAUGGGGCACUCAAAACCAGUGUUGGUGGCUUCACCAUCACCUGCCACACCCUCUCCUUAGAAUCCAUGGAGUGGAAGAAGGACUACACGGUCACCUCCAAGGAGCUGUGGUCUGCAAACGCCCCAAAGGACCUCCCUCGCCACAUUCUCAUGUUCCCUCAGGUGGACAUCUACAGGCCACAUGUGGUGCACUUCCUUUGCUGCGACUAUGAGUACGUGAUGAUGAAGAUGUGGGUGGUCACCAUUGACAUGAGCACCAGGAUCGUGGAGUCAUGUUCUCAGUAUCUCAAUGGGUUGGCGGACCUUCACACUGACAAGAUUGAGUUGACCCAAGUAAAGUCUGCCUUUCCCUUGCCAUUCCUUUCAUCUGAGUUCUCCAAGUUCCUCUCAAGUGCCAGACCCUGGGCACCUGCUGCACGGGUCCUUACUAGAGCUUCCGUCACAGCACCCUCUGCAGCAAGCUUCAAGACACAUGGUCUGGUGGACGUCCUUGUAUGCAGUGGCAGACCCUGUACACCUGCCCUACGGGUGCUUACUAGAGGUUUGUUCGCAGCACCCUCUUCAGCAAGCUUCACGCCACGGGGUCUGGUGGAGGUCCUGUGAUUUGCCCAGGCUCGAUUCACGAGCUUGGUCGGCCACAGAUUGCAUGUAUUUAUGUAUUACAGGGAGAAGGAUAUGGAUCGAGUCAUGUCUGCCUGCAUCACUUUCAUGCAUCACUUUGUGGUGUCUUCUUUUAUGUAUUGUAUAGUCAUUAUAAAUAGCGUCAUUGUGCGGAUGUGUCACUUCGUCCUUGAACUUGCCCGUGUCAUACCAAGUUUGCAUGCAAAAUUUGAUCGCUAAGUAACAGUAUGACAAUCUAAAGUACAUUGGAAUACAUUACAGAACUUUUGUUUAGCUGCAA